AUGUUUGACAUCCUCAACGUGUCCCCAAUGGAAGAGCCCGCUACGGUCCCAUGUUUCACCCCCAGCAAUAACACAUGUGCAUUCACUUGUAAAUCUGUUCAUACCUGCAGGGAGUUCAGCCACUGGAAGGUGAACAGCUUGGCAACAGAGAAGAGAGAUUUCCUCAAAGCUCCGUUGCCCUUAGCACCAGAGUUCCUACGCAACCUGCGGUUACUGGGGCGGCGACCAACCCUGCAGCAAAUCAACGAAAACCUCAUCAAGAAGUACGGCACCCACUUCCUGGUUUCUGCUACCCUGGGAGGAGAAGAGUCUUUAACUAUUUUCCUGGACAAGCAGAAGCUAAAUAAGAAGUCGGAGGGCAACAGCAAUAGCUCUGUGGUGUCCCUGGAGCUGCUCCAUCAGCUGGCGGCYUCUUAUUUCACCGAUCGGGAGAGCACCCUGAGGCGACUCCACCACCUCCAGAUUGCCACCUCUGCCAUUAAGGUAACGGAAACGAGAACGGGUCCUCUCGGCUGCAGUAACUACGACAGCUUGGACUCCGUUAGCUCGGUGUUGGUGCACAGCCCGGAAAAUAAGAUCCACUUAAAGGGCUUGCAGGAUGUCCUGCCAGAGUUCCUCCGUGGGCGUUUUGUGGAGGCGGCCCUCAGCUACGUGGCCUGUAACUCGGAGGGUGAGCUGCUCUGCCGCAACAACGACUGCUGGUGCCGGUGCUCUCCCAGAUUCCCAGAAUGCAACUGUCCCUUUGCUGACAUCAAAGUCAUGGAGGAGAACCUGGAGAAGAACAAAGCGUCCUGGAACAACUUCAAUCAGGAGUUCAUGGAAUCAGAUGAAUUCAAAGCCUUCCUAAAGCGGCUCCCCACCGACCGAUUUUUAAAUGUGUCUGCGGUUGCCAAGUUCUGGUCAGCUGACCUGCCCCUGCAGAAGCGCUAUGCUCAGCUGGAGGCCAGCACUGUGCUGGUGUCGGGAAAAGCCCAAAAGAUAGUGAGGAAGCUCUUCACCCUGAGCAAACGCUGCCCCAAGCAAGCCCGCAUAAGUCUGCCUCGAGAAAGAUCAGAAAAGGUGAAGUACUUGCUUCAGCGCCUCGACAGCAGAAUUGARGUCCACGCCAUCUACAUCAGCAAUGACGUCCGCUUGGGAAGCUGGUUCAAUCCUGCCUGGAGAAAAAGGAUGUUACUUACACUCAAGAGCAACAAAAACAAAUCCAACCUCAUCCACAUGCUAAUGGGUAUUUCUUUCCAGAUAUGCUCAACUAAAAAUUCGACACUGGAACCUGUGCCUGUCAUUUAUGUAAAUCCUUUUGGGGGCAGCCACUCGGAGAGCUGGUUCAUGCCCGUGAAUCAGCCUGAGUUCCCUGAAUGGGAGAGAACUAGACUGGACAGCACUCCCAAUGCACAGUGUUACAACUGGACACUGUCACUGGGGAACAAGUGGAAGUCCUUUUUUGAAACGGUCCACAUCUACCUACGGAGCCGCAUCGUCACGGACGAUCCGACGGUGAACGAAACUCUCUUUUACGAACCUUUGGAUUUGGAUGAUCAGACGUCAAACUUGGGCUACAUGAAGAUCAACACUCUGAAAGUCUUUGGAUAUAGCAUGCACUUUGAUCCUGAAGGCAUCAAGGACCUGAUUCUCCAACUCGACUACCCCUACACGCAGGGCACGCAGGACGCUGCCUUUCUGAUGUUGCUGGAGAUGAGAGAUCGGAUUAACCGUCUGUCUCCACCGGCGCCGCAGCCACUUGACCUGUUUUCUUGUCUGCUGCGCCACCGCCUCAAGCUGUCUGCAGGAGAGGUGGCACGAAUCAAGGAUUCUCUGCAGAUCUUCAACUCCAAGCUCCCCAAUGCUUUUCCAGAACCUGAUCUGGCCCAGCUUUGCAGCUAGCUAGAUUAGCACUCUUGGUUCAGGAGUUUUACUGCACCCAGAGUGGAGUUGCUGCUUCAUGGACAAUCCUAUGUCGAGUACACAGAAGAUUAACCUACUCUGAAAGUCUUAUGCUGGGCCUUUCUUUUCUUUCACUUUUUUCAUUGGUUGGUAGGUGCAACUUGUUUCUUCUGUAGAGACUCUGCUUUACCAACCGGAUGGAGUACUUUUGCUAUUACUGCCGUGCUUUUGGUGAACUCUCUGACCGGACCAGGUCAAGCAUCUUAUCUAUUCUCAAAAGUCUGUUUUUUUUGKUUGUUUGUUUGUUUUGAACUGCAGAGAUACUGUAAUCUCUGYCAAGGUUUGAGAUUUKAUCUUAGGAAGAAGAACUUUAGAGUGGAGUUGGAAAAAUGUGUCAAAAGAAGAGGAUUUUCCUUUUAUAACUMUAUUUUCUUUGGAAAAAGAACAAUUGGGUUGGGGAUGGAGGGUGGUUAUAUUAUCCAUGUGGUGAAUAAGUUAUGUUAUGCUUAACAGUUUGAAAUUUGAUAAUCCUGACCCCUGCUAAUGUCUUUGAGUAUUUCUUUUUAAUCCACAUCUUCCAUUUUAUCUGGCAUUUUAAAACGUAUAUCUAUUAUCAUCCAAACGAGAAGCCUGUUAGUGAUGUUCUGUUCAUGGUGGUGUGUCUGUGCCAAAAGCAGAUGAACACAUUGGCAAAUCUGAGUGGAAAAAACAUUGGCAUAWGCUGUCUUUUCUUACUCUUUUAACCUGAAAGUGGCAGAAAGAAAUCACGUGACAUGAUAACAAGGGGGAUCUGUGGAUGUAGUGCUGUAAAUAAUGCUCCAUUUAAUUCMAGAUUGUGGACAAGUGCACAUUGCUUUCUAGAUAACCGAAUAAAAGACCAAAAAAA